UCUUCCCACCACUCAUCCUGCGUAUAUGAUAUAUCUUGCUUUCGUCUUUCACCAUCAACCACCCAUCAACCACUGGUCGCUACCUUUAGACAGUUACGUGCUCUGCUUCUGCUGGAAUGUCUCUCAGGCGAACUUCUCUUCUUGGCAACCCAACCGACUCUAGCAGUCCUGCUUCUUCGACUUGCACCGAGGAUGCCACCGACCACGACCCAAUCAAUCCGCUCUGCAUUUGUACUCAACCGAACAGCCCUUCACGACCUGAUAGAAGUAGGAUCCAGAAACAAGCAAUUGAACAGAGUUUUUCCAGUUCUGCAAGUAGCGAUCGCAGUCUCUUUGAAGAUGCACCCGAUAUGGACCACGUGAAGAGAUUGAUGGAUGAUCCUGGGAGAGCAACCGAGAAUCUGGUGGAAAGCGCUAGGAAAAUGCUCGAUUACUUCAAGGAAUGCCGCCAAAGCAUACCCACGUGGCUGACAGGGUACAAUAUCAAGCAGGGCAAAUUUAAGCUCGACCUUGUCCUUACGGCCAUGCUCGAUUUUGCUCCCAUGUGCGGUAGCCCCGAACGUGCACAGUCCAGCCUGAGAUAUGUUGCUGCUGCCAUUUGCGCCUGUCGGGGACCGCGGCGUGAGUCAGAAGAGACUGCGAACGCGCUCAGCGCGCUUGCAGUAACAUGGUUUGCUCAUUUUCUUUGGAUUUUCCGCAUGCAUAGCUUCUUCAAGAAAUACUCAAAUGAGGCCGAUCCAUCUGGGCAAGCGACUCCGACGUUGAUGGAACCAUCGGGGUUCAUGUUUGAUGAAUUGGGUCACUGCGAUUCUACCAUGAUGACAAAGGUCUUGACGCGGCAGCGAUAUAUCUGUCCUAUCACUGGACUUGGCCACAGGGCCCAUUUCUCCACACAUCCUUCCAACGAUUCUGACCUUGCUUAUGCGGAUGUAGAGAAUUCUCACAUACUCAAGCGGGCAGCAGCGGAAUUCAAUCUCAAUAAUCCUAAAGACUCCUACAGAUAUGCUAUGACGACGUGGGAUAUAGUCCGGAAUUAUAUGGCUUUGACUGAUGAGGAGAUGGAGGUAAUCGUUCCCAUAAUCGAUGACCCAAGCAAUGGAAUUGGUCUUGAGCACUAUUGUCGUACUAGUCUUGAUGCCUUCUUAUUCUCUUUGCAUGCAACAGAGACACCGAAUGAGUACACGAUACAGCUCCACCAUCCCAGCUUCAAAUUCGUUUUUCCAUGGCCGCCUGUGGGAGGUCGCGAGCAUCGUGUCAUUUUCAAGGAGCAACUCGGACCCACCGAUACCUCUGCCCAAUCCAGCUUACAUUCGUCUUCAUGCUGCGAUAGCAGGAAUUCUUGACAUGAGCGGGGCUGGUGAAGUCAUGGAUGAGUUUGAAGACAAGCACGGGGAAACCGGCUCCCAUUUAUUAGCGCAGUCAGAUUAUGAUUUCCAAACCUUUCUUUCUUGGCUUUUGACUUCCGGGGCUCAAGAACAGUUUCAGUUCACUAAGUAUCAUUUGUAGUUGUCAAGCAAAAAAGAAUACUUUUA